AUGGCGGUUGUAGGGAUGAAAUCAUUGCUGGUUCUUCCAAUUGUACUCGUCUUGUGUUGCCUAUCGGUCACCAACGGGCAUCGCAAUGGGCAUGGGGUGAAACCUAUCACAGAAGAGUAUUACGACCGUAUCCUGCUGUACUACACGAACCUGACCGUCGCCAUAGACAAAUCACCAUGGAGACUGCAGGUGUUCGAUAACCACACGGAGGCCGCCAUCUUGUCUGAGAGCACCGAUGUCGACAAGAAACUGGGUUUCGGCCUAUGGGAAGGGGAGUACCUGAACAUCUACGAGGGUUACCUGUUUCGCGCGGGUGACGUCACACGGUGGUACCACGCCACGUCACUCCUGACCUAUCAGAAGCCAGCUACGUUCGUAGUGAUGACGUCAGACACGGAGAACAACGCCACGCUCACGGUCGUCAUAGACAACCCGCGCCAGUUCCAACUGUCGGUCAAGGUCAACGUCAACCAUCCGGGAAAAGGAAAUCGAGUAGCGAUGGGUUUCAACCUGGUGAACAAAACCGAAGGAUUCUAUGGCUUUGGGGAGAGGUUUAACGACGCGAACCAGCGCGGCCACCGUGUGGGGCACUGGCUGGAGGAAGGGUCGUUCGGCCUGGGCAACUGGGACAAGGAUCUCCGCGUGCCGAAAGGCGAGCUGUGUACGUACGCUCCCAUGCCUCUGACUAUCUCCUCACGGGGGUACGGACUGCAGAUGGACAUGUACCACAGGACCGUGUUUGACUCUAAACGCUGGGAUGACGUCAUGUAUAUCGAAGCAGAGGCAGACUUCUUCCACAUGACCUUGUUCGCCGGCAGGACGCCAAGGGACACACUGCAGAUGAUGACUGACAAGAACGGCAGAUCUCUCAUACCCCCAGCUUGGCAGUCCGUGGGUUACUUUAACCCCAUGGUGUCGCUAAACUGGAACGGGACAUACGAGAUGGCGGCCCGGAAUGACUACCUGCUGAAGACUCGGACUGGCGAACCGUACAACUACACUUACCUAGGUUACGGUGCGGUUUCCCAGCUGGACUUCACCAACCCCGCCGCCGUGACGUGGUACCAGUCCCAGCUGCAGUCCGCCAUCGACAUGGGGUUCCGCGGCUGGAUGCAGGACUACGGGGAGUACACGCCGCCGGACUCCGUCAGCUUUGACGGCACAGACGGACUAGAGAUGCACAACAAGUUCGUGCUCCUGUACCAGAACACGACCUAUGACCUCCUGACCCGGAAGUACCCAUCAUCAGAACCGGACAAGUACGCGCCGGACUUCGUGUUUUACGUCCGGUCUGGUUACACCGGCUCUCAGCGGUACACUUGGGCACACUGGACCGGCGAUCCCACGUCUGACUGGUCCUACUCCAGCGGCCUUCCCGCUCAGAUCAUCGCUAGUCUGACGGCCGGGCUGUCCGGGAUGCCUUACUCCGGGUCAGACAUAGGAGGCUUUGUGUGGUAUCUGACUCCUCCACCGAGCGAAGAGCUGUGGUGCCGCUGGGCCGAGGUUGGCUGUUUCAGCGGGACCAUGCACGAACAAGGUAGCGGGAAGGGCUUCGGUGAGAAGACUCACAUUUUCGACACUCCUGAAGGCACGAGGGUCUGGCGGAAGUACGCCAAGCUCCGCACCCAACUCUUCCCGUACCUGUACAACACAGCACACGAGGCAUAUCAGACCGGUUUGCCCGUCAUGCGGCAUCACCUUCUCGACUUUCCAAACGACACUCAGGCGAUCAGACAGAACUUCCAGUACAUGUUCGGGCCGUCGUUCCUGGUUGCCCCGGUGAUAGAACCCGGGCGGACGGACUGGGAGGUGUACCUGCCGGAGGGGGAGACAUGGAUAGACGUCAGCAGUCAGCUCAAGUAUGAAGAACAAAGCGGUCGGUUUAUGUUGGGAUUCACAAACUAUACACAAGGUGGAAGAGUGGUGACCGUUUCCGCCCCUCUGGACGUCGUUCCCAUGUUCGUUCGCGCGGGGACGAUGGUUCCCGUUCUCGAUCCCAGAGUCAUGACCCUAAGUGAUGCUACUGACCCGAAGGUCAUCACCAUGAAGCACCUUCAGUACUUGCUUCAUCUGUGGAUCUGGCCGACCGAGGACGGCUUCGCUCAGCUCGAGUUCCACGACCGGUCGUGGUGGAGCAUGUAUCACGUCAUCUACGCAAAACACUGGGAGAUCGUAUUUAACGACAUGAACCCGAAUAGAACCAACAUCCUCCAGGUUUCAGCACCAUGGACAGAAAAAGUUACCAAUGUGACGACCCCCACGGGCCAUGUGUACCCCCGAGCGGCGUCGUUGGACGGUCUACUGUCCGACGGAGCUCCCGAAGGCUGGAUCGUAGACCGGAGCCAACACACACUGUGGGUACGGGCGGUCCCACCAGACAGUAGCGGCGGCAUAAUUUACAUACAGACUUCUGAUUCAACUUAUGACACUAAUUCAAACUAA